GGGGCGGGGCUGCGCUUGCUGCAGGAACCUGCCCUUUAAGAGCCGCCUCCCGCCGCCGCCGCCGACUCUCCGGCCGCCGCCCGAGCUCGCGCGGCGCCGCCAUGGUCUCCUGGAUCAUCUCCCGCCUCGUGGUGCUGAUCUUCGGCACCCUCUACCCCGCGUACUCCUCCUACAAGGCCGUGAAGACGAAAAACGUGAAGGAAUAUGUGAAGUGGAUGAUGUACUGGAUUGUGUUUGCCUUCUUCACCACUGCAGAAACUCUCACAGACAUUGUUCUUUCUUGGGCUGAGAGAUGCCCUGUUUAUGGAGUUUUCACGGCUAUGGAUGAAAGACUAAAUGAGACUCGAAGAAGGUUUCCCUUUUAUUUCGAGCUGAAAAUCGCAUUUGUGAUUUGGCUGCUCUCCCCUUACACCAAGGGCUCCAGUGUGCUCUACAGGAAGUUUGUGCACCCAACGCUCUCCAAUAAGGAGAAGGAAAUUGAUGAAUACAUUACUCAGGCUCGUGACAAGAGCUAUGAAACCAUGAUGCGAGUUGGCAAGAGAGGGUUAAACCUUGCUGCCAAUGCAGCAGUUACUGCAGCUGCAAAGGGGCAGGGAGUUUUGUCUGAGAAGCUGCGAAGUUUCAGCAUGCAGGAUCUCACUCUGAUCCGGGAUGAAGAUACCGUGCAUAUGCGAAGCCAGGAGCCACAGCUGCACCCCUCUGGUGGAAGUCUUCUUGAAACCAUUGAGGACUCGGCUUCCUGUUACUCCUCAGGAGAGGAGAGCAGUCUGGCACAGAGGUCUAAUGGAACCCCGUCAGAGACUAGAACAGACCCAUCAGAUGAAGAUGCAGGAGACAAACUUCCUAAACGUACCCAAAGUCUCAAAACUCCUAAGAAGAUGAUGAAAGCUGAGCUUCCGGUAAGAAGUGUGAAAGCCCGCCCUAAGAAGAAAGCUGCAGGCUCUCUUGCUUCUGGCGAGUCAUCCUAAGGAGACAUCCCCCUCCCCAGCACCUGUCUCUGUCCCGGGAUUUACCUGUCCCUUUUGAGGGGAAACUCCCCAAAGGAAGGGAGUUGAGAUUCAUGUACAUAACAGAUACUGCUUUGUAGAGCUCAUUCCAAGGCAAGGGGGAGGCUGGGAUUCAGAAAACGGAGUAGAGGAUACACAUCCUCAGAAAUUUUCUCCCUUUCAUUUCUCUGUUGAAGGGAAUGCUGAUAUGUCUGUACAUAGCCUGUUGCUUUGGAAUUCCCACUGUAUAACCCUAGUUGGGGAGAAUCUUUGCUGGAAGAACUGACUAGGGUUAGAGACAUCCAUUGCACAGAAGCUGGAAAAAUAUUAGACACUGGAGUUCCACGGGGGUGGGUGGCUCCCUAAAAUUUCUUAUCUUGCUCUGGGUAUUCUUCUGCAGCUGUGUGUUGUUAAGAAGUGCCCACCAUGAUUCAUCUUCCUUAAGAAUGGACCAUACCUGUCAUGUCCGUUCCCUUUGAGAACGUGACUGAAAUGAUGUAUGCUGAGUGCUUUUGAACAUAGAGGACUAGCUUAUGGGAGGAGGAGUAUGCUAGAUUCCCAUUACUAGUACUGGAAGAUGAAGAGAUUGGGGUUUUAUUUUAUUUUUUUCUGGAAGGUGAAGGGAGAUAACUGAAAAACUGAGUAAUGAAGAAAAUGUGCUGUUAUAUGCACAUGUGAUGGAGUAGACAUAGGUAUCUGUAAAAGUUAACUAUUGAGAAGGAAAGUUGGGCAUCCGUAAGAUUUUGCCUCUUUUUGAAGCUGCUUGAAUUUUAUUUUGGGUUCUGUUGUUCACUUUGAUUCCUGUGAGAGUAUCAGAGUGAGGCGAGUCCCAUGCAGUGGGAAAGCCUGGCAGGGAGGCUGUUGGUUUGCUAUUUAGUGGUUGAAUUCCAUGUCAUCCUGGUGCUUGUUACUAUGGACAAAUUCUUUCAUUCUAGCAGAUGACUGGGGAAAAUCUGGCUCAAUAGUCUGUGGGCAUACUUGAGAAUUUCAGAAGCCCUUAUCUCUCAGCUUUAGGAGAUCCAAUCCUCAGGGCAUGAAAACUGAUAAAUAGCUGAGGUAUGAAUUUUGCUAAUUCCAGGAUUCCAUUUGUGGGGGAUAAAAAGCAGGGAGUAGGGCACAAUACUGUGAUUAAUCAGUCCUCUUGCUUUAUCCUACUGCAGCCCUUGCACAAAUUUUCUGUCUGACCAUGUGCCAUGUUUAUCAGUCCUGAGACUUGAGCAAUAUGUAACACACUUGGGACAGAACUACAUUGAAUGUAGAAUAUGUAUUGUGCGAGUGGAAUUGCAGUGCUGCAGAGAAAAUUUGCAUCAUGCCAAGCCAUACUGGAUUCUAAUCUGUUGAACAUUGUUAGGGGGAGAUCCCCCGUACAUAUGCCAACAGAGUCAAUGGGAAUUUGAUAUGAGUAGGGUUCCUGUUGUUGAGACCUAUAAUGGGGGGAGCACCAUUAUAGACAUGGUUGUCUGAAUGAAUGCUUGAUGGUCUUAAUCUUUACUGAAGCUAGUUAUCAAAGGAACCUGGCUCCUCCUUCCCUACUGAAGACCAUUCUUAGCUCAAGGUGCAGGCAUUUGUGUUUGCCCACAUCUUUUGCUGUCACAUUUCUGAAAUUGCGGGUGGAUUCUUCACAGAGCCCAGUAUUUUGCUGUUGACAAUGUAUAGAAGCACUUCUGCAAGUAACGUUCCACAAGUAUUUCUGUCCUAAAGAAUAGCCCUUCAAAUGUUUGUAAAGUUGAAGUUUAGGACUGAAUUUUUCUUCUUUCCCAUUGUGUUGGUGGCAAAUUGUUAUGAACUGACUAGUUAUUUUAGGAAACCAAUUAAGUUGGUUUUACUUUUAUUUGUAGCUUUUAAAAACUGAAGUCUUGACAGAUGAUGUCAGAAACUUGCGUCUUGUCUGAAAUACUUGUCCUAAAUUAUCCACAAGGCCUUAUCCAGAAGCCAGUAGAAAAUCCUUGAUUUGUCUUUGAGUUUCACAAAAAACCCCAAGUAUUUUGUUCUUUUUAGUUUGUUAGCAAACACUGUAUACGUGUCUCACUAGUACAUGCAAAGGCAUGUCCUGAAGCAGGAAUUCUUUCUGUUUCCAAAGGAAAUUCCUCUCUCCAUAUGAGGGAUAAAAAUCUUUACUGAUUAUGUGGAAGAUCAGUUGUGAGGAAUUGCUGUCCUAGUUUUUACUGUAUUGAACAAGAUAGAACCAUUAUUCUCUAUAUACCGAGUAUCUCUAUGACCACAUUUCUUGACUUUUUUUAAACUAAAAAUUUCCAUAGCAAAUUAUUUAUGUAAAUCAUUGUGAGGGACUUGAUUUGGAAGCCAAGGAUUGGUUAGUCUCCCCUUAAUGCUAAUCUUCAUGCCCUUUCCUUGUGCAUGCGUUGUGAUAGUCUUGGAUUACUCGGUUUUCAUACAGUGACUUUCCAGAAUGUUUUCUAGAAUCAGGUCAUUUGUAGUAACUCUUCCUGCUUUGAAGCACAGGAAGAAUUUCUGAAGACUCAGUUUUGGCAUUCAGAUUUACCUUUGUCUUCCUGAGCUAGGUCCUGUGCUAAGUAUCUUUUACUUAGCAUUGAUGCUUGAUGUCAUUAGCCUGUGGGUAAGUACGGGUCAGUCUUUGAGUUUUGUUGUACAGGGGAGUGAAAUGACUUCUGAUUGUAGGAGAGAGUCUGGAGUAGAGUUGGGGACUAUUAUCUAGUGUGUGAUAUGAAGCUGAUGAUGUCAAGCAGCAGAACUUACCCAGAGCAAGAACAAUGUCUUAGCGUGGACACUAUUUUCUUCUUCCAGUACAAAUGUGACUGCUAGGUUGUGCUCUGCUUGAUCAAAAACCUCUGCAGAUCUGCCGCCACCCACGUGACCUCUUAGUGAGUUUCUAGAUAUAGUUCUGCAUUGGAUGGCAUGGUCUUGCAUAGAAAUUCUCUUGUUAAUGAGAACGCUGAAUGUGCUGUUUUGAUAAAAUGCUUUUAUCAGCUGUUGUUCAGUGUUUUCACCAGGAAAUGCUGGAAUGUAGUUUCUCUUCAGUAUCAUCCGUGGGCUUCAUUGUGCAAUUAAGCAAAUGGUUACAUCUUCACCUAGCAGUAGAACCCAUUGUGUUCAGUAAGUGUUUAUACCCCUUUCCUAAUAUGCCUGGGCACAGAGGGAAGAGCAGUAAGAAAAAAUGACACCUGAAGUUGGGUGGGGGGGUGGUACAUGUGUGUCAAACUUUGUGUGCCUAAAAGCUAUCCUAAAAUAGCUGUACCAUGAGGUAGAAAGUGAAGCCAUGACUGCCUUUUGGAAAGAAAUGCUGUACCUCCACACUUUAUAAUACUAUGAGUCAGUGUUCUGCUGUUGGAAAAGAAAAUAGUGAAAUGUGGUUUCCCUUCUGUAAAACUUCAUGAUUUGCUGCAUAAAAGGGAAAAAUGUUUUCUUGCUUGGCAGUAUCCUCCAUGGUGGGUAAGAAAUAGGAAAAUAUAGGGGAGACUACUGUCAGGUUUUAAACCUUAGACUUCAACUAAAUAUCUUAAUUUCUUACUGUUCUUAAUUGAGUUUCUGGUUCUCCAGCCUUACAUUUCUGAGUAAGGGGGACUGAUUUCUUUUAGACUAGAUUAACUUCCUUGGUAGGUAGAGGGUGUAUUAGAGAGAGGGAUGCUGGUGUUCUUAAAAUUGCAAAUCUUGUUCUGGGGAAGCUACACGUUCCCCCAUUUUAGUGAAUUGAGUUCUAUUUAUUGUCUGUUUGCAGUGCUGGGCUUUCUCUUUUAUACAUCCUCCUUGGAAGCAUGACUCUCUCACAAUAUAAGGCCAAGUCAUUUCUGCCUUGAAAAGCAAGAUUUCUAGAGAACCCAAACUUUCCAGAAAUUGUUAUUUAUUCUUUACCAUCUUAGUCAGCAGGAAAUAUAGUGCCUUAGGAGGAAAGUGGGAUAACUAUGGAAUACUCUGCUGGUUCUCUGAUCUGCACAUAGCAUUGUAUCAAGGAGGCUUGCAUGUUAACUGUGAAGUGUCAUUAUAUGCUUGAGAGCAGCUGUUGAAUUGAGCUGAGUUUUCCUAUCGUGUCUUCCAAAUUUGCAUGUAAUGCUGGAAAGUGUGGCUUACUGCCUAAGAGAGAAAUCUAGGAGGAAAAAAAAUACCCUUCUUUCUGACGGGGACAAUGUAUUAUCACAUUACUCUGCUACUUGCUGGGGAGAUGCUGAAUCACAUCUUUCUAUGUAACUGGUCAGUACUAUAGCUUUUCUUGCCCACUAAGAAUUUGUAAUGUGCCAGCUGGCUGAAGCAUCUUGUGGUGCUGCUUUCUGAGUUGCCCUAUAAAGUCAGAUAACAUGGAAAACCAGCAGAGUAUUCUGAAGCUAUAUGAGCUCAUAGAAUCAGAGUCAUCGGAGUUGGAAGGGACCUUUGGAGGUCAUCCGGUUCAACCUCCCUGCUCAAGCAGGGCCACCUGGAGCCAGUUGCCCAGGAGUUCCUGUGUGCUAUUUGUGGGCUGGAGGCUACUGAAUUUAAUGUUUAAGAGCUGGUAUGUGCAGAAAUGCAUAUGCUGUAUGGGGAUGUACUUUAGCGUUACUGAGGAGAAAGGAUUCCUCGUCACCUUUCAUCUGGAAUUUGGCACUAUUACAAGACAAUAUAAACAUAACUCAGUCUUAUGUUACUUAAAGGUAUUGUUAAGAAGCCCAGAGCCUUCAGAAGAGACCUUAAGAGGUGUGCAGAGUAACUUGUGAGAACAAUUGGUUUGAACAGUAAAUGAAGACAAUAAACCUGCAUAGCAGCUAAGAACCUGUCUUGUGAGACAGAAGUAGAGUGGAAAAUGGGCUGCGUACAGUACAGAGUUGUCCAGGAAAUACCGCCAGCUUUCUGAUCCUCAAGCAAUACUUAAACUCUAAACAGAUUAGAGCCUGAUUUCUCUCUUACAGCACCUCUCCCUCUGUGUCUUACCUUCCUAAGCUGGGCUUGAGCUACAUGCAUUGAGAUUCUUGAACCUUUCAUCGCUUCAGAACAAUCAAGUUUGAAUUUUACCUCAGCAGGUAGCUGAUCUGCAGGGAGGACCAGAAAAAUAUCAACGUGUCUUGCAUCACUUUCUAGUAGAUAUGUUAUGUUGGGCAAGCACCAUCAGGGAGCUCCAGAGGAUACAUUCAUCUGGGAAAUUACGACCCCCCGCAAAGCCUACAUGGUGGGAUGAACCAAAUGCUGGACUUUGCUCAUAUGAACAGCUAUCUGUAGAAUCCCAAAAUUCAAUAUCAGAAUUGCCAGUGCUCUAUUUCUGAUGAGAACCAGAAUCAAAAUAAUAUGAAGUGAAAAGAAACAGUGGCAAAUUGGCCGUUUUUUUCUGCAAUUUUGCAGGUAAGUUUAGGUCUUUGCUGCUUCUUUGCCUAAAACCUUCCUGUAAACCCCUUGCAGGCAAAGCGUUGCUUCCUUGCUCUGUUUCUUAGCUCCUGUCCCUUCAUGACCUGGUUAUGUUUCUUAUGUUUUAUCUUAUUAAGCAAGAGACUACUUCCAUUUUGCUGACUCUGGAGAUAUGAAAAAUACUGUCUUUUAGAGCUGAAAUUUAGCCUUUUUCCAUUAUUUAAUCCUAUGACCUAGAAUCAUACAGUGACUUGUACAACAAGGCCUAAGGCUGGAUUCCCAGGUGGAAUCUGAGCAUCUAUUGCCGGUAGCAUAGUUUGAUGUAUUACCCUUUUCUUGCAGUGGCUUCUGGCUGAAAUAUGCUUACUGCAGACCCUUUGGACAAGAGCAUUCUGUCUGCAUUUAGCCAAAUAAUGUUAGAAGUAACAUUUGUGGGAAGGCUGCAAAAGCGAGUGAACUCUAAAGGGGGAAGAGUUCAAGUCUUCUGUAAUAUAUAACUGUCUGAGACUAUCUGAAAGAUUUGUGGCAGCAGUAGAAAUGCAUUGCUAUACUGACUUACCAAAGAUGGGGAGUUCAGUCGUGUUCUUUGUUUCAAUCAGGUCAGGGAGGAGAGUCAGGCUGGGUCGCAAGCAUAUAAAAUUUUUACUUAUAAGGGAACUAAUUUUUUAUCAUAAGUAAUGCUUAGCAACUUAUGAAGAAGAAAGCAAGUUGAAAAUUUUUGGUGACUAUAAAAUUAGGAGGUAAAUUAUCCUGAUCAUCAAACCUAGUGUUGAAUACAAACCUUUUGUAUUCAUGCUGCUGCCUUUUUGUGAAAGCACUGAGUUGAUGGACUCCUCACUUUUGACUCUUCUGUUAGAUUAUUUCUCAGAUGUUGUGAAUGUCACAUUGAGAUAAAUGAAAUUUUUAUUUUGACAUGUGACCAUGAAUUCAUGUCUAAAUUCAGGCAUUCUGAGCUCUGUAUGAGACAGGGUUGGUUGAAUGAAAGCCCAGUAAGAAAAUGGAGAAGCUGAGACAGAUCUAGCCAGGUAAAGAUGACUGAAGGACCUUCCUUGAAGUGCAGAGACUAUGUAGCGGUGCUUGGUUUUGAUUCAGCAUUUUCAUGACAAAGUUCCUGUUAGCACGGUGCUGAUCUAAAGGCAGUAAGGCACAGGGAGGGUUGUGAAUUGCUUUUUGUCCACCAGAGGGUAUAAGCAUAACGUACUAUCACUGAAAAUGAGAGAGCAGAGACUUGCUGAUAACAGUUGAAUUAUGACAGGUUGAACGUCGAUAUUUCCUAUGUAUGAGAGUGAAGGUCCUGUUUGGGGGGGGGGGGAACAAACUGGGGCUCUAAUGGAAAAAUAUGAAGUAAUACUGGAGUUAACCCCUGACUAAAAAGGCUAUUUAAGCUUGCCAGGCUUUCUAAUUGAGCCACUUUGCAGUGAGGCUUGCUGAGACAAUAGUGUUAGAGAAUAACUGUCCUCAGAUCUUUUUGUUGUCCUUUCAAACCAUUUUCUAGCUGCAGGAGGUGGCUCUGUAAAUGGCAGUGUUUGUGAUUUAUUCCCUCCCCCUUUUGCAAUUAACUAGUUUUCUGUGUGUUUGUGUAUUCAGUAGUGUUGCCCUAAUUUAUACUCUGAAUUUUGUAGUAUUUCCUGGUAAGAAUGAGUAGUUUCGUUCAAUUGGAUCUAUAUUCUGUGAAAAUAGAAGCAAUUUUAAUCUAAAAAUACAGAUGUAUCUAAUGGUUACUAUGGUAAUUUGUGACCAUGGCAACAGAGAGUUAGCAUUCUGAAGAACAGACAGGUUUGUUCUUUUUUAAUGGUGCAAGCAUUUCAGGAAAAAAUACUGACUUUUUUAUUUCUUAACCAUACAAGAUCAUAUGGGUACAACGGAUGUUGACAUUGUCUCACAUAAGAUUUUUAUAGAAAAGCUGAUGAAGUAUGGGCUGGAUGAGCAGACAGUGAGGUGGAUAAAAAAACUGGCUGAACGGCCAGGCCCAGAGAGUGGUGAUCAGUCCCAGGAGGUCUGACUGGAGGCCAGCGCCUAGCAGCAUACCCCAGGGCUCAAUACUGGGUCUAGUCCUGUUUGACGACAUCAUUAAUGAUCUGGGUGAUGGGGCAGAGAGUAUAACCCUCAGCAAGUUUGCUGAUAACAAAACUGGGAGGAGUGCCUGAUAUGCCAGAAGGCUGUGCAGGAAGCAGCAAGAGGUAUGUAUAUAGACUAUCUAACCUUGCAUCUCAACGUAUAUGGAAAUCCUAAUAGGAACAUAAUGAGACAGUGAGAUUCUUUCUGACGUUGAGAAAGAGGAGGUCUUUUAUCUGCAACAUCAUAGAUGGAGACUUACAGACUGAAGAAAGGUCCAGGACAUACCAGGAGGUCACUGUAGGAAAGAGAAAUAGAAUUUAGAAUAGGGCUGGGGAUUCUUUAUUGUCAGACUUCUUAAAAAAAAAAUUAAAAAAAUAAAAAAAAUUUGUAUGUUUCUGUUCUAUUGUUCCAUCAUAUGAUCAGAGUUAAAUAAACAACAUAGUGCUUUCAGGCAGGUGCUAAAUUUCAGCUAUAAGUUGGGGAUUGCCCUGACAUAGUUGAGACCCCAAGAACAUUUAUUGCAUUAUAGGAAACACUUAGUAAUGAUUUAAAGAGUUACAUUUAUAAGAAAUUAAUACAUAAUAGAGGGUGGUAGGAAUGGCUCUCAUGACUAAGCCUCAUAUUUAGUGAAUGGCUAUCUCUGCCAGCGUAGAGCUAAUUUAAAGGCACUCUACUAGCAACACUCAAUGUCAGUUUUAUAAGGGAAUGUGCUAAAUGUAAGUUUAGCCAAAGCCAAAUCACAGAGUUUUCCAAGCUUUCUCUUUUUCCUAGGCCCUACUGGGGAAUCUAGCAACUUAAUGGAAAUUACAGCAUUGCUGCUAUCGUUUGCUAAUUUGGGGCAAUGAAUAUCUUGAAUUAAAUAUAAUCUAAACUACAUUUAAAAGGUAAUUUUUGUAAAAGCCAGCUGUUGUGACCAUUCUGUGUUUGCCACAGGAAUAUAGUAACUGAUCAGUGGAGCCACUGUGGUGCUCAAAGGCUGUUACCUCAGAAAAGGGAAAACAGAGCAAAAGCCAGCUCAAACUGAAUUGGUUCAGCUAGUCCAGUCUCCUGUCUCUGAUACUGCUAAGUCUUAUCGGAGGACCGGUGGGCAGUCUGGAAUUAACACACACAUUGGAAAAGCCUGUUCGUGACACUGUCACCUUUUUACCCAUGCUCUGAAGCACGGUGAUGUUAAAUGACUGGGUUACUGGGGGUUAUGGGGGGGAAAGGGAGUUUGAAUUUUUUCACUAGUUUUUUGUAGAGUCAUUAAAAGUAUGGUCACUUGCUGCAGUAUAAUGACUUAAAUGUAGGAAACCCUAAGGCAUCCUAAUCUCGUGUUAUGCUUGCUUUUUUAGCCAGACUUUUUCUAGGUAUCCCUUUACAUUCUUUUUUGUGAAGACCAUUAAAGAAAAUCGUGUAUUAUCUCUUUGAUAUCUUGCUCUUUUGCUCUCGUUAGGACCCAUUGUUUUUCUUCCAUUUCUCCCCAGAAUACGAUACAAAAGGCUUUAUCGAUGCAGAUGUGCUUGCAUUCCACAGGGUGGCAGCUAGUCCUUAUUUCCCUUCUCGGUUAUUUUGACAUUUCUGCUAGAAGCAGCUUUCCUGGCCAAGUUCCCCUCUGAGGCGUAAGGGUCAUGAACCUGUAAAUACAGCUCUUCUUUUGGCGUUAAAGAGUGUUUGGAAAAGCUUAUUAUGCUCUGUCUGUUCAGGCUGUAUCAACUUCCUGAAGAUCGUAGUAGCUGACAAGACAAAAAAAGCAUCAUCCAAGGACUAAAUUUUGAAUAUUACAUAUUGCUACUGUUUUAUGUGGGUCUCUCUUGUAAGUGGUGCCCCAAGCAUAACUGAACACAAGUAUAUGGUGGCACCUCUAGACAAAAGUUGCUUUGAUAGAGGCUUAGUUAUUGAUGUGGGUAGGGGAGAGACGUUCUGGAAGUUCUUUAUUCACUUUUUACUUCCAGUUUAUUUUGACAGAUAAAUGUCUUGAAUAAUUUGAAUUGAAAUCUCCAUGUGUCAUUAGAAUAAGUUUAUGAGUUGCAGGUAUGGCUUUUUGUUCUUUGCUAUUGAGUUUACACAAGUUUCCUCACACCAGUUUCUUAUUAUGGAUGCCUAUUAAUGUUUUUCUUUAAAAGGCUGCUGUUUUGUUAUCUUCUCAAGCUGUGCUCCUAAAUAGUUUUAAUUUACCUCCAUGUCUUUCUUAUGUGUUUAGUCUUCUGCCUUUCCCACCUCUCCAUUGUUGAAUAAAGAUAUGAAAAUUAA